CUAGAUGGACUUGCGUUGUACAGCAUUCUGCAGCUCGAUAAGAGCGCAACCUCAGAUGACAUUAAAAAGGCCUACAGAGAGUGUGCGAGAAUACAUCAUCCUGACAAAGGCGGGAGUGCGGAGAGGUUUGCGAAGGUCCAGGCUGCCUUUGAAACAUUGUCUGACCCCAGAAAACGUGCUGUGUACGAUGAAUGG